AGAUAUCAAAGAAGUAGCCUGCACCCGGAUAGAUAGAUACAUGAUAAAAUAUAUAUAAAGAUCAAAGAUACAAGAUAUUUUUAUAUUUUACAUAACUUCGGAAGAUCAUGAAAAUAUAAGGUCAUUCCUUUAGUUGUUUUUUUUUCUUCAUAUUUCUAAGAUUUUCACCGACUCAACUAUGAGCAAGAGAAUGAGCUAACCAUUAUGUGCAAGAAAAGUAAAUUAUUUUUCUAUGACAUAGUGCAUAACAGCCGUAUGCACGUACAAAGUUGAUCCUUUCCAAGCAGACUGAGACACUCGCUAACUUAAUUCACCAAUGACCAAACUAUCAAUUUCUUUUUUUUUUUAUAUAAAAAAAAUUAAACUCUCCAUGUCAACUCUAACACACCCAUAUUUUCUUCUUUAAAAUACAAUAUAUACAUAUAUAUAUUAAAAAAAAAAUCAAACAGAUCUAUCAUGGAAAUAUAAAUACCACCUAGAAUUCCAUUUAAAAUUCUCCAAAUUCCUCUUUCCUCCCUUCUGUUUGUUUGUAGUUUUCCUUAUUCCACCACGCUUCUUGCCAAAUGGAGAAUUAAUCAAUAUUUACAUAUAUUUUAACAUGCUAACAAAAACACGGUUUGCUUGCUUGCUUGCACUAGUUGUACAAAUUUAAUCAAACAAGCCAUAAAGCAAGGGGGAGGAAGGGGUCAAGCUUUUGAACUAUGCUCAUCACGUUGUAGUUUAAAUACCAAUUAUCAACUGCUAUAAAUUCCAAUGCAAAUCAUCUUCUUUCAUUCAUCACUUCUACUUCUUCUUGAUCUCAGUGUCUAAAGAUAAGAGAGAAAAGAUAAUGAGGACAGGUUUAGUUUUCUUGCUAGCUUUGAUGGCCAUGCAGGCUAUAAUUCCAGGUUCUUCAUCAGCUUCACUGAAACUAGGCUACUAUAAAUACGAGUGCAAGGGAGCUGAGAAGAUCAUCAGACAAACAAUGGCCAACUUCAUCCGUUACAAUCCUACUGUUGCUCCUAGCAUCAUCAGGAUGCAUUUCCAUGACUGCUUUGUCAGGGGUUGUGAUGGUUCGGUAUUGAUAGACUCUACUGCCAGCAACAAAGCAGAGAAAGAUGCUCCUCCAAACAAUCCUAGUCUAAAGGGGUUUGAAGUAAUUGAUCAAAUAAAGGCGAAGCUCGAAGCUUACUGCCCGAACACAGUCUCCUGCGCCGAUAUCCUCGCCUUUGCGGCUCGUGAUGCUUCCUACUAUGUUGGUGGUAUUAACUACAAUGUCCCCGCCGGAAGGCGAGAUGGAAGAAUAUCUAUUGAUUCAGAGGUCAUUCAAAACCUCCCUGCUCCUAACUUCAAUGCUAAACAACUCAUUGGUAACUUUGCUAACAAAGGUUUGUCAGCUGAUGAAAUGGUCACUCUCUCUGGUGCUCAUUCUAUUGGUGUAUCCCAUUGCUCUUCUUUCUCACCCAGGCUCUAUGCUUUCAAUUCAACUCAUCCUCAAGAUCCAUCAAUUGACCCUCAAUUUGCUGCUUUUUUGAAAACCAAAUGCCCACAAGGUAGCAGCAAUGAUCCUAAUGUUUUUCUAGACAAUGUGACACCUACUAGAUUGGAUAAUCAGUACUAUAAGAACUUGAAGUAUAAGAGAGGGUUGCUUACCUCUGAUCAGACUUUGGAGGGUAGUCCAGAGACGGCGAACACGGUGACGAUGAAUGCGAAGAAUUACCGAGCUUGGUCUGCUAAGUUUGCUGCAGCAAUGGUGCGCAUGGGAUCCAUUGAGGUGCUCACUGGAAAUCAGGGUGAGAUCAGAAAGAAAUGCAGGGUUGUCAACUAAUUAGUUUCAGAGAAACAGGACAUCAAUAUAUGUUCAGUAAUUGUAUGCAAGUAUAAAUAUGAGUGUCUAUCUUACAAUACUU